GCCUGAGCUGAUGGUGGAGCUGUGCAGCGGAGCAGCAUCGCCUCUGCGGAUGUAGCAGGAACCUUCCACCGCUUCUCCCGCGGGGAUGCAACCAGAAAUCGCCGCUGGGGGAGACAAAAGUUACGCAAUGUGGAUGAACUGACAUUUACUGAACGAUCCGAUCUAAUUACUCAAGUUAAAAAGUGACUGAACGCCGCUGCUUUGAAAAUGGCCGUUCGUGGCAACUCGCUGAUGCCGUUCUCCAUCCAGGCGAUCCUGAACAAAAAGGACGACAGCCGACACUUGCCAGAUUUGGACAUGUGUCUGUCCAAGACGGCGUGCUGGAAAAUAUUCGGUGAGAUGAACGUAGGCUCGGGGAGGAGCGACGGGGAGCCGUGUGAGCAGACUGAGCAGAAAGGCUACGACUCGGACUCUGGGCUUAGCGACGACACCGAUAGGAAGACUCCGGGCGGGCGUAAGCCGGAGAAGGACGGGGACGCAGCGUCAGACGCGCCGGAGGAGAGCCUGCAAGAAGAGACGGACCACGAGUCUGCAGCUACAGAAAACACAAAGAGCGACACUGAGCCAAAUAACACCACGGACUCCAGCAUCCUGGACGAGAAGAACCCGGAUCAGCCCAAACAGCGCAAAAAGCGCUCCAGAGCCGCUUUCUCUCACGCGCAGGUAUUCGAGCUGGAACGCCGCUUCAACCACCAGCGGUACCUCUCUGGGCCGGAGCGGGCGGACCUGGCGGCCUCCCUGAAGCUAACAGAGACUCAGGUCAAGAUCUGGUUCCAGAACCGUCGGUACAAGACCAAACGCCGGCAGAUGGCCGCCGAUCUGAUGGCGUCCACACCGGCAGCCAAGAAAGUGGCGGUGAAGGUUCUGGUGCGGGACGACCAGAGACAGUAUGGGCCGGGGGAGAUCAUGCGGCCCCCGCUGCUCUCCCUGCAGCCGUCCUACUAUUACCCCUAUGCCUACUGCCUCCCCGCAUGGACACUGUCUGCGUGCGCGGGGAAUCAGUGAAAAGUCAGACUGUAUUUAUUCUUUUUAUUAUUCCUGUUCCCGGGAACCAAACUAACUUUAUGUUUUUCUGACAAGAAGAGGAGACCCGAGGGAGCUGUUAAUCAGUUCUGCGCCUCUGAACAGCCUCAUUGUGUCGUCACAGCAACACCAGGGGGGUCACAAACUCUUCCGUUUGCUCUCCACACUCUGAAAAUACCUUUUCACAAUUUAAAAGAUCGAAUUAUACUUUUUUUUUAAUUUAAAAUAAGAGUCUCUUUCGAAGGACCCCAGUAAAAUUUAGGUUCAAAGACGGUAAAUGUCUGAGCUGCAGUCGGGCGGACAGACAGGACCUGCUUAUAAAACCUCUGUGUGGACUGACAUAACAAAAAUAGAAGCAGCUUAGGCCUGUUUCUCUGUGUGCUGGCUGGGACCCCCUCCCGGAUCUCCGAGGGCCCCUGGACCCUACUGUGGGACCCGGAGGCUCAGCCAGACCUAAAAUAACACCUUCUGUUGGUUUUGACUUUACAUGCGCCUUCCUACCUCUGCGAAAUAGACACGUUCCAUUGACUUUCAAAAUAACUGUCUCUGUUACAGUGUGUGUGUGUGCGUGCGCGUGCGCGUGUGUGCAUGCGUGUGUGCAUGCGUGUGUGCAUGCGUGUCUUGCUGUGUUUGUUAAGGUAAGAUAUUUAAGCACUUUUCAGCAUAUCUGUUACAUUAUUUCCGUGUAAAUGCAUGCAGCGUUUGUUGGCCUGAGAGCAGGAGGAGGCAGGCUGAAACAAACCCACUCCCAGUUGAAAUGUUUGAUUUGUGUCAAAUGGCUGAUUAGAUUGAAUUAAAACAUAUCAGACAUUUCA